AUGAACGACCCUGAACAGGGCGAUGACGCCACUCAUCAAGGCUUUGAUCCGGCCUUGUUAGACGACGACGGGGAUCUCACCGACAGUGGUAGCGAAAGUGGGGAUUCACAGGCAGAGACAUGGAGAGGGGAGCUUGCCAAGCGCCUGCUCCGUCAGCCCGGCGCUUUUGAAUACGGUAAAAUUGUGAAGAUGGCUACCUGGGAGGAGAACAGCUCUUACACAUAUCUCCAUCCAGGACUCAAGCUCCGGAGACCGUCUGAGGCGGACUUGGAGCAGUACCACGUAUGGAACGAGUGGAUGGCCAAAUUCCAGGCGCAGAGGCAGGCUAGCAAGGCGCAGAGGCAGGCUCGUCAGCCGGCCACCGGCCUAGACUUGAAUUCCCGGUUCCCCGUCCAAGUUCUGGGGGGGAUUCUGCGGAACCUUCUUGUCUUUGAUGGUCGGCCUAUCCACGUCGUUUCGCGACUGGACCCUCACUACGAGCCAGGCCCGGGCCUCGUCAACGGCAGCCUCCGGUUGCUGAAUCGUUUCCACAUCGGAAACGCAUCAUUUAGUCUUACCUGUGAGAUGCCCCCCCAGGUUCUGCUCGCUCCCCUCAGCGUGUGCAAGCAGUGGAACUACAUCGGCAGCAACCUCUUUUACAGUCUCAAUCACUUCUGCUUCUCCUCCCUGCUAUGGAUUGGAAAUCAAGAGGUUUGCAACGCCCCCACCAAGAAGCGUGGCAAGUAUAUAUCGCGCCGCACGCAGCCGCUCAUGUACUUGCCGGAGAGCAUCCGGCUGAAGCAUAUUGAGAUUUACAUUCGCGAGAGCGAUCCUUUCUAUAUGCGCAGAAAGCACGAACCACGCGGAGCUAUUCGAUUCCUUAAAGGACACACGAUAACGCAGCCGGAUUUCCGGCUUUUUCGCGACAUGAAGACGAUACAGGGCGGCGACUACAUCUGGUGUCUGCGAGGACUUUACUCUAUGCGACUCUACGACUAUGAUUUCUAUAUCAAGGGAGGUAAGACGACGGGCCUGCGUAACCAUAACUUUAUUGGGCUGUUGAAUGAGGUGACGACGAGACAAAAAGCCCCCGAGAAGGAGAGAUUGGCAAAAUUUGAAAACCUUGCUCCUCUUUGUGGGUAUUUGCCCAGAAAUCACGAGAGGCGCUGGAUCGAAAAGGAAAUCACGAUUGAAAGAGAGAGAGACGGAGACCGAUUAGAAUACGAGCCGGAGAGCGAGCCGGAUGAGGAUGAGGCCCCGCCAUCCGGACCCGACGACCAACACGGCCUCACUCCAGGAUUCCACGGCGGCAAUGGAGAGAACGACAACGACGAUAGCGAUGAUGACAACGACCGAGGACGCAACCACCGCCCUGAUCGUCGACAUGGUCGCAACUCCCCCCGUCGCGUCGCUCGCACCACAGGCCCAGCUUCUGUGGCGGGCCCCUCCGACGACGACGUGCUCAUGUCCGACGCUCCUCAGCGCGGCGAGCAGAGCGACGAAGAGAUGAGCGUCACCGAGCAUGGUGAUGAUGUCGACACGGCCAUGGUCAAUACCGAUCUAAAUGAGACCACACAUACCCACGGCAGCAGCAGCUACAACGUCAACGCCAACGCUGACGCGCCUCCUCCCUCUCCCUGCGCUACAAGACGUAGCCGGAGCUCUGACCUCUACAUCGACGGCCACGGCGGCAGCGGCAGUGGCCCCUCACCCGCCCGACACAUGACCCCAGGGCUGCCGGCGCAAGGAAGCUACCGAUUCCCCCCCUCUGUCAGCCCCGUCUCGGAGAAUUCCGAAGGCAGCAUGUUUGUCCGCAGCGACCGCGACACCACGCCGAUAAAGAUUGAUGUCGAAGGCGCCAUCGGAGCAGUGAAAUCUCGUCGCUCUGCGCCGCAGCAGUCUCCAGGGCCAGCGCACGUUGCGCAGCGGCUGCGGGAACAGUCCUGGGAGAAGGAGUCGUCGAGCGACUCGGAUGACGAAAACGACGACGGCGAUGAUGAUGAUGAUGAUGAAGAAGAAGGAGAAGAUGGCAAUGGCAGAGGUGGUCGUGUGCCGAAUGAUGAUAUAGAGGAAUCAGAAGAGGAGGUGGACUCUGAUGAACAGGACGAAAGUGACGACGAUGAAAACCAAGACGACAAUGACGAAGAAUAA